AAAAAAUAAACAUGGCGUCGAAUGGCGUCGAUUGGCAUCCUGUCGAAAAAUUCCGGGGAAAUAAUGCUGAACAUGAAUGAUUUUUGCUCUUGACAAGCUCGUAACUACGCCAACGCUUAAAAACCAAGCUUGCUACAUAUGUCUUCAAAACUUUUAGAGAAAUUAUCUCCUCCAACGGAUGCUGAGGAGCUGGAUAAAGAGCUUGGUUCGUGUGAUGACUUGGACAGUCUACCUUCAACUAUGAUGUUUAAUGGCAGAUUAGUUAUGAUAAAGGAGGAUGGAUACUCACCUUCACAGCCGAAUAAAGGAGAAGUUGUUUUUGAGGAAGAGGAUGAGAGCAGUGAUGUAGAUGAACURGAUUUCCCUGUCGAUAGUAUUUCAAGAGGCUUUAGUAUAAGCAAACUUAGUCAAGAUCUCAGACCAAAAGUCAGGUUUGAAAUUGUCUCAACGAGGGUUUGUGAGGAAGGCCGCAACAAAUAUGUUCUCUACUCUAUCAUGGUAGUGAAAACAGACGGCCUGGACAGCGAUAAAGCAGUAGUCGAAAGACGUUAUUCUGAAUUCACAAAUCUCUGCAAAGAACUCAAGAAAGUGUGCCCAGAGUUGAUUUCCAAAGUACGACUUCCUAAAAAAGUUUACGGGUCAAAGAACUUUGAUGGUGAAGUCAUUCAGUCGAGAUGCCGCGCAUUUGAGAAGUUUUUAUCUUACAUCUAUACAAAUGAUAGCGUGCGUAAUGCUACUGCUUUCAAAGAAUUUUUUUAUCUUCCUGAUUUGAGACAAGCAUGCUCCGAUAUUCGUGGAGGAAAAUGGACCGACAGUUUAAGACUUCUUACGAACUCUUUACACCUUCAGCAAAAGCUUGGAGACGGGAUACCAGAAAUAGUAGCUACGUUAGGGAGUAUGGUAGUGGCUUAUGACAAAAUUGCCCGCUUUAAGGAAGCUGAGCAGUAUGCCGAAGCUGCCCUAGAGUUGAUUGGCAGCAAUGUCUCCAGUUCAUAUUUGAUUCCACUUUUAAAUACGAGGAUUGAGUUGUGCUGGAGGUUGGGAAAAGAAAAAAAAGAUGCCGAGAAAAGACUCGCAACUGUUCAGAAAAUUAGUGGGAUUGAAGUGGAACAUGCCUUCACUUUAAGAGAAUUAGCUGUUCAUAGAUAUAGUGACGUUUUCGAUUAGAAAUAUGUAUAUAUAUUUAGAAUUAUAAUUUUGUACAUUCGAGAAAAUGCCUGACCAAUGAACAGAAGCAUCGAAUAAUGAUCAUUUUUUUAAACCAUUUUUUCUUUUUCCUUUCCUCUCCUUGCCUUCCUUUCCUUUCCUUGUUUCUUUUCUGUCGUUUCUAUGUUUUUAUUAUCAUUUUAUUAUUACUGUCUUUCUUUCUUUUUAGAUUUUACUCAAAAGUGAGUAACAGGGCACAAAUACUAUAUCUGCGAAACAGUACUAUUUUAAAACGGUCCAAAUGGCACAGUAUCUAUUGAUUUCCAUUAUUGUAUGAUUAGUCUCUAACAGUGAAAGUGAAAAUAUUGAAUGAGUGUCUACUACCUUGCAUUAAAAUGGCUUCCCAUUGUCUUUUAGUAAUUCACCCAAUCACAACGCGUAGUUGCGACUACGGUAAGAUACGGUACCGCUACCAAUUUGUCGUAUCGUAUCCCACUCAUACGAAAACUGCUCUAUCUUCGCUCAUUAUUCGAUGCUUUACUGUUCAGGAAAUAGAAAAUCCUUCUGAAAUACCUGUAUAUAGUAGUCAGUAUAUAAUUGACUUAAUAAGGACUCCACUACAUAUUUUGUAAUGUAGAUGUCUUAACAUGUUUUAUAAAGAAGAUUUUGAAAAUAUAUUUGUUAUAUUUUGCCCCAGUUAAAGUAUCUCUUAGCAAAAUAAUAUUUUUCCUAUGAAAUGUGUUUUUGUCACUCGUUAAAGAUGUAUGUGUUAAGUGUAUGCUACAUCGAGUGUAUAAGCGGAAUAAUAAUUCGUUUUCUAAGAAAUAAACUUCUGCUACAUGAUUUAGAAAUAAAA